ACUUUUGCAUGUUUAAAAAUAUGUCUACUCUUUCUAUCUUUGCACAAGGGAAAUUUUGUCACCUGAUGCUACACUGAAAAACACGCACUGGAUGGUCGAAGAAAAAAACGUGGUUCAGGAAGUGGUUACACAGCUAAAAUGAACCUGCAGCUGCUUAUUUGAAAGUUUUUGUAUUGAGCAUAUGAUGGACGAUGGACAGCAUGCAGCUCCUGAUAAUUUGGUGUACUGCCUUUAUUUGCAUUUGUGGAGAAAAUGAAGUUUCUUCAUGUGAUGUGAUGGCCGAAGUACGAAGAGGAGAAACAAAACGUGUUUCCACUGGACAAAAUCUGACAGUCGAGUGUCCCGUCAAACACUGUGGGGAGUCAUUCAAUGUCAGAUGGUUUAAAUUCUCUAAGACGUUAAAGAACUGGGAGGCCAUUCCAGUUAUGGAGAACAUAAAAAUCACACAGAAAUACAAUAAAGAGAAUCUGAUCUCAUAUUUAAGUUUUGAUCAGGUUUCCAUUAAUGAUGACGGCCUGUACCGAUGUGCUUUAGGACACAGUAACGAAAUAGUCGGCCAUUCCAUCAACAUCUCAGUUUCAGAACUAAACAAAGGAGUAGAAAACGCUGAUAAUGAUGCAGACAGCAUUGAUGACGAUCGCUCCUCGCUAUCCAUCUUCUUGAUCUGUGUUACCAUUAUAUUUGUGAUCACCGCAGCGAUAGUGUUGAUCCUCGUGUGCUUUCAUGGCUGGAAACAAACGUGGACUUGCAACAAUAAAAAUCAAGCGGAAAUAUCUACACAUAUGACACCGGAACUCCCCAAGACGAGCUCCUCUUCUUCUCCCAGCCUGCGAACUCCAUUCUCAGUUCUGAACGACAUCUAUUCUUCAAGUAAACCAGAAAAAACAUCAACAUCAACAUCACCUGCUCUUGCUCUCACUGGGAAUGUUGCAGAUAUAGCAGCUAAUAGUCAAGCUUCUAACUGUGCAGUGUAUACCAUGAUCAACUACCAACAAUGUGUUUCACCAGCCAGAAACGACACAAGUAAGCAGGAUGAAAAAGCAAAUUGCUGUUAUCAACGCCUUAAAAGUUGAGUAUUUUUCACUCACUGAGAAUAAGUAGGAAACAUCCAGACUUGAGCAGAAGUAUAGAUGGUAGAUGUGCAGAACAUCAACUUAUGCAUUGGAUGCUGGUUAAGGACAGUUACAUUUAAAGUAGACAUGAGAGGCAUCAAAAGAUAGUUUUUUCUGUGCAUUUAUCAUUUCAUGUUAUAAUCUCAACAAUUCAGGGACUUGAAACACUGAAAGUAUUAUUAUUUUAAACAAGUAUAAGUUUUGCAUUACCUUUACUUGCGAUUAUUAAAUGUCUGAAAUGUUAUAUAAAUUCAAAGAGCAAUAUCGAGAAAAAACCCACAAGACCAUUCUGUCACAUAUUUCCUGUACAACAUAUUCAUCAAUGGCGAAUGUUGUUUCUGAUGUUUUUGCCAGGUCAUCCAUGUAAUAGAGCUCUUGAAGACACAUAGACUUGUGAAAUGAAGGUUAAGAAGAACUGAAAAACUAAUUUGUUUAAGACAAAAAUAACAUCUGACAUGGGUUUACAAAUAGACUGAGCCUUUGUCCUCAGAGUGAGAUGAAAGAAAAAGUGAAAAAGUGAUACAUUUUGAAUUAAGUAUGAAGGAGAAAUUUUUCAAGUUGAAACUGAAAACUAGUUUAAUAUGAAGUGUGGAAAAAUAUGUAAAAUAAUACGAUUUUAGUCCUGUUUUUUUACCACAGAUGUCAGCAAUAAAGAACUGAAAAAAAUGCCUUCUACUUGAAUAUUUUUCUCAUCAAAACAUAAAUAAGCAUGAGCACACAAACAGCAUCUCCUAAUCGUCUACACAAGAUGGCGCUGUUGAGAAUAAAAACAAAAAAAACACAGUUUGUCUUGUUUCACAGAGGACAGCGUCGAUGAAGUCUAAAAAAGAGAUGGGAGUCUAUUCGCACCAGGUGAUGCUUUUAUGGUGUGGAAAAUAGUAGGAAAAAGAAAACAUGCUUCUUCUGUUACUUGUCUGGUCAAAAACAAUAACAUGUCAUAACGUACGUCAGUCAAUCCCACAUGAAGUCCAUGUUUCUUCUUAAAUAAACAUUAAUCCUAACAGGCUUUCAAAAAGUUUCGGUUUCAUCUUGAACCACUUCUAUAACAUCAAACAUUUAUAAGGGAUCUGUGCCCCCAGUUUUGGGAUAUAAAAUGGGUUGUAUGGUUUAAUGGUCCUCAUUUGAAACAUGAAUGCUCUGGGACAAAAACAAGUCUCUGUUUCUGUGUGGACGAUUUCUCUUAAAAUUAUGAGUUUAUGCGUGUUGGUGUUCCUGGUUUUUUUUUUUUUUAUCUGUCAUGAGAGAAAAAUACUGAUUCUGUUUGGUUAAUGUGUAAAAAAGGAAAAGCUUUGCUGUGGUUACAAGCAUUGAUCCAGUGUCCAGAAAUUUCUUUGUGUGAGAUGUUUUUCAUCUGUGCAAAUCAUGAAUUUCUUACCUAAUGUUACUGAAAUACAACUUGGCCAGAUGGCUGACGAA